GAAGCGCAGCGCGAGCUGUCUGAAAUUGUAGUAACUAUCCGUGACAGACGAGGAAGUUACUGCUGCCAACUAACUGUAGAUAUUUUUUUCGCUCAUAGGUUUUAUAAUAUGUAUGUAUGUAUGUGUGUGUGAGAGAAAACUUUUGGUAGUUGGUUAUUAGUAUACUUUUGCCGACUAAGUUACAAAAAAGUACUUUUUUGUUUUUAGAUUUAAAUUUUGUUUAGAGUUGUGAGCUGUAGUAUUCACGUGACCAAAUCUAAACUUAUCAGCCGUAAUUACCACGUAAAUCUCAGUGUAAUUUAAUACCUCAAAUGUCUUCUUGCACUUACGAUAUCUAUGUAGUUUGUUAUAAUGACCGUGUUCAUAUAGUUUCUGUUUUAGUAAGGUCGUAUUUGCUGAAAUACGCCUCGAUGUGCGUGAAAUUGUGUGCUGCUGUUAUUAAUCGUAUGAUUAAUGUGGCACUCUCUUCCGGUUCCAGUUUUUUAGCUGUCGAUCUAUUUUUGUUGUGGUAAGGAUAUCUCCGUGGCCGGAAGAAAACACUAAUGGAUGAUUAUCUGCCUCUAUAUAAGGUUUUGUUUAGUGUCGUUUUUGCGUAGUUUUAUUCAUAGUGGAGUUUGACACGAAGAAUUGAAUCAAGAACCGCAUCUCUCUCUCGUACAGUAGUUGACAGCUAUCCCUCCGCUUAAUAAUUCUGGCAAAACAAAUCUGCGGGUUUCACUCGAAAAUAACACUGCAGAUGUUAUUUCCAUUCAGAGUGCAGUCUACUACGCCAGGCACCCACGCUGCUAGUACUUUGUGAAAAUAUCCCUUUAAUCUCCGCUCCACAGACCAGAUGCUUUGAGAAAAUUCAAAGUUAAGUUUCAAAUGCCCUUAGAUCAGGGCUAUUCAUUCACGGUCCUUAAUGAAGGCCGAAAUCCUGCUGAUUUUCCAGCCUUCCUUUACCUGUGAGCCAGGUGUGAAGCCUCUGUGCACAAUCAGACUCAGUAAUUCUUAAACUAACUACCAGGGAGAACCGAAAACAAGGCCUGGAUUUGCAAUCAAGGUCCAGAUUCGAAGAGCCCUGCCUUAGACGGACGCACAUGUUAAAUAGGGCCGUGCAAGAACUUUUCAAGGGCCGAGGGGUGUUCCACCAAGUGCAAUUUCUCAGCUAGGUUAACUUAAGCUUACUUUAGGUAAGGAGCAUUUCUAUUGUACUCAGGCGAGGGUUUGGGGUUUGACUCCCAGGGAGCUGUCACCAUUCCCUCUACGUUGCUCUGCAUAAAAACAUAGGAUUAAUGAAUAAUAUGCUUCUGCGCCAGUCCUGAUCAACUGAGCUUCAGUGGUCAAGUGUGUGGACCUAAAUAAAACACACAUCCCUAUUUGUCUCCUUCCAACACAGCUGAUUUAUGAACCCUCUCUCUGGGGACUCGUGUUUACUUUCUCCUUUAAAUACCACAUAUGUUUUUAUUUCUUCUCAAGUGUUUCCUGUUCUUUUCACACUGUUCUUUUCACACUAACAUUAAAUUUCUUAAUGUUAACUGCAGUCCCAUCGGUCCCUGGUGUCAUUUCAGUUUAGCAUCUGUCAGCUUGUAAUCCAUCCUUCCACCUCUGAUUGCUUAUCAAGCACAGGGUCGUGAUGCCGGUCUGCAGUCUAUUCCAGAGAAAGGGUGUGUGGCUUCAGCCUUAGAGAGCUUGGACAUUCGGGAGGAGCUCGAAGGAGAGCCGCUGCUCCUCUGCAUAGAAAGGAGCCAGCUGAGCUACCAGCGGUUUGGGUGGAACUCGACCUGGUUUUGCUGCUCGGGGAUGAUGCUGGUUUAGUCUCGCGCUUCGGGGAGGACGGGCAGGGCAGGAUGCUCCAUCCCCCUGCAGCUGACUUGGAGAAAGUACCGAUCGUGCGCCUUCCCUCUGCCUCUGCAAGGAUUCGACACCCUCCUGCGACAGGAAAGGGACUGCCUGCAUGUCAGAGAAAGGAAGAAAGUACCAUAAGUGCGUGUCUUUUUCCGAGCAAGAGAAUGAACGAAGGCGCAAAGAGGACAGCGGGGCAGUGGAGGCACGUUACAUGAAGUCAGUGAAAACGGCACGAGAGUCUUCAGGAUACUAUCAGUAUCAUAUUUCUGUGGGCUCCCCUAGGAUGAGCAUGGACCCCCCUACGCAGCGUCGUCUCACCGUGAUGCGGGAGAAAGGACGGCGGCAGGCGGUGCGAGGGCCUGCCUUCAUGUUCAACAACCGAGGGUCUAGCCUCACUUCAUGGGAGGAGCGCUUUCUGGAGGCGGCCGAGUACGGGAACAUUCCCGUGGUGCGCAAGAUGCUGGAGGAGACGCGGGCACCCAACGUGAACUGUGUGGACUACAUGGGCCAGAAUGCACUGCAGUUGGCGGUGGGCAAUGAGCACCUGGAGGUGACGGAGCUGCUGCUGAAGUGCGACAACUUGGCUCGCAUCGGUGACGCCCUCCUGUUGGCCAUCAGCAAGGGCUACGUCAGGAUCGUAGAGGCCAUCCUCAACCACCCGUCGUUCACCGCUGGUGAGCGCCUGACGCGCAGCCCCUGCGAGCUGCAAGACGACGACUUCUACUCGUAUGACGAGGACGGCACCCGUUUCUCGCCCGACAUCACGCCCGUCAUCCUUGCCGCCCAUUGCCAGAAGUACGAGGUGGUGCACAUGCUGCUGACCAAGGGGGCUCGUAUCGAGCGGCCGCACGACUACUUCUGCAAGUGCGCCGAGUGCGCCGAGAAGCAGCGCAAGGACUCCUUCAGCCACUCACGCUCCCGCAUCAACGCCUACCGCGGGCUGGCCAGCCCUGCCUACCUCUCCCUGUCAAGCGAGGAUCCCAUCCUAACUGCCCUGGAGCUCAGCAAUGAGCUCGCCAAGCUGGCCAACAUUGAGAAGGAAUUCAAGAAUGACUACCACAAGCUGUCCAUGCAGUGCAAGGACUUCGUGGUGGGGGUGCUGGACCUGUGCCGGGACACGGAGGAAGUGGAGGCCAUCCUGAACGGGGACGUGAGCGCGGAGCUAGAAGAGGGGCAGACGCACCGGGCCCUGCUGAGCCGUGUCAAGCUGGCCAUAAAGUAUGAGGUGAAGAAGUUUGUGGCCCACCCCAACUGCCAGCAGCAGCUGCUGUCCAUUUGGUACGAGAACCUGGCCGGCUUGCGGGAGCAGGCCAUUGCCAUCAAGUGCCUGGUGGUCCUGGUCGUGGCCCUAGGGCUGCCUCUACUUGCCGUCGGCUAUUGGUUUGCGCCAUGCAGCAGGCUGGGCAGCAUCCUCCGCAGCCCUUUCAUGAAAUUCGUGGCCCAUGCUGCCUCCUUCAUCAUCUUCCUGUGCCUGCUGGUGUUCAACGCCUCCGACCGCUUCGAGGGCAUCAGCACGCUGCCCAACAUCACCGUCACCGACUACCCCAAGCAGAUCUUCAGGGUGAAGACCACCCGCUUCAGCUGGACCGAGAUGCUCAUCAUAGUGUGGGUCGCAGGAAUGAUGUGGUCAGAGUGCAAGGAGCUGUGGAGCGAGGGGCCCAGGGAGUACAUCCUGCAGCUGUGGAACGUUCUGGACUUCGGCAUGCUCUCCAUCUUCAUCGCCGCCUUCACUGCACGGCUCUUCGCCUUCUUGCAGGCCAGCAGGGCCCAGCGUUACGUGAACGAGAAGGUUCACGCUGAUGAUCUCUCCCUAGUCACUCUGCCACCAGAUGUUGAGUACUUCACUUAUGCAAGGGACAAGUGGCUGCCCUCAGACCCCCAGCUGAUCUCGGAGGGGCUAUAUGCCAUCGCCGUAGUGCUCAGCUUCUCCCGCAUCGCCUACAUUCUGCCCGCCAACGAGAGCUUCGGCCCGCUACAGAUCUCCCUGGGCCGCACCGUCAAGGACAUCUUCAAGUUCAUGGUCCUCUUCAUCAUGGUCUUCCUGGCCUUCAUGUUCGGCAUGUUCAUCCUUUAUUCCUACUACCUGGGGGCCAAGGUCAACUCUGCCUUUACCACAGUUGAGGAGAGUUUCAAGACUCUCUUCUGGUCUAUUUUUGGGCUGUCCGAGGUGUCGUCAGUGGUGCUGAAGUAUGACCACAAGUUCAUAGAGAAUAUCGGCUAUGUCCUUUAUGGGAUAUAUAACGUCACCAUGGUGAUUGUUCUCCUGAAUAUGCUCAUUGCGAUGAUCAACAGUUCCUACCAAGAGAUAGAGGACGACGCAGACGUGGAGUGGAAAUUUGCCCGUUCUAAGCUAUGGCUGUCCUACUUCGACACGGGGAAGACACUGCCACCACCAUUCAGCAUUGUGCCCAGUCCAAAGACCCUCUUCCAGAGUAUCAGGAGGCUGACUGGCCUGCUCAGUCACCGCCGGCCCAGGAUGAGGCAGGAUGUGGAGCUGGGAAUGGACCACUCCAAAUCCAGGCUCAACCUCUUCAGUCGGACCCAGUCAAGCCUGCGCAUUGCUGAGUUGCACAGUUUUGGUGGAGUACCAAACCGGCCCACACGCUAUCAGCAAAUAAUGAAACGUCUGAUCAAGCGCUACGUACUGAAAGCACAAGUAGACAAAGAGAACGAUGAAGUAAACGAAGGUGAGUUAAAAGAAAUCAAGCAGGAUAUUUCCAGUCUUCGGUAUGAGCUCCUGGAGGAGAAGUCCCAGGCCACUGAAGAGCUUUCCCUACUGAUACAGAAGCUCAGUGACAAGCUCAGUGUCAACGUCAGGCGUUGUGAGUGACAGCGACAAGGACAUCUACCAAGACUUCACCUAUAAUGAGGGAACUAGAUCAAAUACAUCUCAUUUCUUCCACUGUCCCAGCACAAAUGAUGUUGAUAUUCUAGUGAAACUGGCGAUCCAAAAAUACUUACCGUUCUUUAAAAAAAAUAAGAUUAAAUAUAACCUCAUUCUUGUACUGCUAUGGCUGUACGAGUUACUUUGCUGUGUUUAAACAUUUUUAACAUGCAUCCAUCAACAUUUUUACUAGCCUAUUGUGAAUGAACAUAAGCCACAUUUGUUCUUUUCUUUCACGGCGUGUUUGUUCAUGUUGAACAAACGCACUGCUAGCCAAUUUUCAGUUCCCAUACUCACUGUGGAACGUUUGAUGGCUUUGCGAUAGUUUGUGCAUGGUUAAAAAUCCUUCUGAUGUUAACAGCACAAAUGACAGCAAUAACAGUUACAUUUUGAGACUGACUGCUGAUGGUUUUAAUUUAUUUAAAAUGUUUAACUGGUCAGCAUAAGACAUAUUUCAGUCAUUUUAUCUUUGAUUUAUGAACACUUUCCUUUAUAGGGUUAUGCAAGACUACAGACUAUCUUGAACAUUGUUCAGACAUUGUGUUAAUAAAAAAAAAAAAUUUUUGUUA